CAUCUGGCGCAUAAUUUUACGUCUUUCCGUGCACGAUCACACUUCCCUUCAGACCAUCGGCGGACAGGAGCAAGGAAGAGCGAAAUGCUGGCCACCAGAGCCCUUAGUCUAAUUGGCAAGCGUGCCAUAUCCACAUCUAUCUGCGUACGUGGAGGACAUGGUGUCGCUAAGGUGGAGGACUACACUCUCCCUGCCUACUUUGACAGGCGGGAGAAUCCUCUCCCAGAUAUCUGCUAUGUGCAGAGCCUGAAUGCGGAGCAGAAGUCCCUGAAGGAGAAGGAGAAGGGCUCCUGGGCUGCACUCUCCAAUGAGGAGAAGAUUGCAUUGUACCGCAUCAGCUUCAAGGAGAGCUUUGCUGAGAUGAACCAGGGAUCAUCAGAGUGGAAGUCUGUCGUUGCAGGAAUUUUGUUCUUUGUUGGCUUCACUGGGUUUAUUGUGCUCUGGCAGAGAAAGUUUGUGUAUGGACCUGUCCCACACACAUUUGAUCCAGAGUACAAGGAGAUGGAGCUGCAGAGGAUGCUGGACAUGAGAAUCAACCCAGUGGAGGGCUUCUCUGCCAACUGGGACUACGAGAACAGGAUGUGGAAAAAGUAACAGACCCCGAGGACCACAGUACAUACUUGAAAAUAAAAACGACCAACUCAAAGUUACAAGAACGCGCUUAUUUCUGUAUUUAUCAACUGUUCACUUUACCUCAGUCUGUGCAUUUUGGAAGACCACUUCCUCUUAUGGUCAAUGUUUAUUUUAGAAAUAAGAAUAAAAACUGUCAAACCGAUAAAA